AUGUCCUACUCCGACGGCUUUGCAGAGCGCAACGCGGCCUUCGCCGCGACCGCCUUCCCCGGCCCGCAGCCGCUCCCGCCGGCCAAGCACAUCGCCGUCGUGGCGUGCAUGGACGCGCGGCUCGACCCGCGCAAGGCGCUGGGGAUUGAGAUUGGCGACGCGCAUGUGAUUGCGAAUGCCGGCGGCCUCGCGAAGGACGCCCUCCGCUCGCUCAUCAUCAGCCAGCAGCUGCUGGGCACGCGCGAGAUCCACAUCGUGCACCACACGGACUGCGGCAUGGUGACCUUCACCAACGACGUGCUGCACGCCAAGCUCGUGUCGGACCUGCACACGCACGCUGGCGAUAACAUCGACUUCCUCCCGUUCCCCGAGCUCGAGGCGAGCGUGCGCGACGACGUCGCGUUCCUCCGGGGCCAUGAGCUUAUUCUCAAGGAGAGCAAGAUUGUCGGAUGGGUUUAUCAGAUUGAGGACGGCAAGGUGCGCAAGGUCGUCGAGGCGUAG